AGCUUAGGAAACGCGAAACAUAUCAUCGCGCUCAGUUGUUUCACAUCGCGUUCUCGCAGCCAACUUGGUCCGACUUACCGUUAUAUUUCGCUUCCAAAACAAAUACACAUCGCGCGCGGGAGUUCCCUAUCUAUCGCAGGAGACCGGGUGUACGCGAGAUACGAGGGUAGAAAGAUUUGCGGGGUGCGCGAUAUUGGAUUUUUUUUUGACGAUUUUUCGGCAGUAAUUUGGGAUAAUUUUCUGUGAAGAUUUGAUUUGUGACAGUGACAAUUUCUUUUUGGAUUUUUCGUAAUGAUGGAUUUGUAAUUUAAUUAGUGGAUGGUUGAAUUUUUUGUGAAUUUUUGUGGUGUUAUUUAAAAAGUGUUCUAUAUUGGAUUAACCGUUUGGAUUUACAUUUUCUUUACGACCUGGGAUGGAUAUAGGAUUCAAAGAAAAGCGUUCAUGUUUUGGAAAAGGUUUAAGAUACAUCGGGAUAUUUCUAGAUCUCUUUUGAUAGUCCCUUGGAAACCAACGAAAGGCUAACCUGGGACGAUAUUAAAGACCCAGCGAAGGAGGUAAGCACCGCCGUGGAGGGGGUGCACGCCCUAGGGGGCCAACAGUCGCCCAUGUCGCUGGCGAUGCCAUUUAUCGACAACGACUUACUAUGGAGUUCAGAUCAUGAUGGAAAAAUGGUGGAUUUAUCUUCUUGCCUUCAAGAUGCCUCUGUGGCCACUGGUCAGCAAAACGGCGCCACUGGCGCGUCAGGAAGUCUGGGCGAAUUGUCGCAAUCCGAUCUCAGUUCUUUGGUGCCUCACAUGCAAGAACCUAAUAUGAACGAUACCGACGACAUUUUUAGGCAUCUAUCCGAUACCACUGCCAUUGAAAUAGAAAACAUUUUAAGUGAAUUUAGUCAAACGCCUUAUAUAAAGCAAGAAGAAAACAAUAAUGCGCCGACACCGAGCAACGAGGAUUCCGUUCCUAAUUCUCCUACCGACCAGAAGAGCUCGCAGGCGCUGCUCGAAAUGCGAAAAUUCACAAUCGCGGCCGCGAAUCCGAUUCUAGCUGAGAAACUCUCCACGCCGAGCGAGCAGAACUUGACACAGCUCGCGAAUGUUACCAACGGACUACGAUCACAGCUGGCGCCACUGAUACCGAAAAUUGAGAAAGUUGAUAAAGAACAAAAUAACUACAACCAAUUACAUCAGCUGCUUUCAAGACAGAGGACGGACUUGCAACAUCCAAGUUUAUGCGAAUAUGGCCGACGAAAAUCUGUUUACCCAACCACUACCACUGGUUCCCUUCCACCUAGUCCCGCAGAUUCUGGAGUAUCGGACGUGGACAGCUCUUCCAGCGGGCACACUUCCACCGACGAACUCAAGGCGAGACUUCAACCCUCCAUACACUCACCCGUAGGCACUUUAUUCCCAAGGCAUCCCUUUUCGUGGAACAACGCUCACCAGAGACCGCCAAGUCAUAUGUCUCAGCAAUUUUACCAACCUUUCCAUUCAAAUUUGGACCCCUACAACAGCUAUCUACUUCAACAACAUCAAGUCCAGCAGAAUCACCACAUGCACCACCACAGUCAAUCCCCCUUCACGACACCCUCCCCGCCGUCCCCACCAAUCAGACACUCAAUCCCCACCUCAGUCAUUCAAGCCGCCACCAGCAGUAUGUACGAGGAUCCCUACAUGCUAGGUUUCUCGCCAAGGAAGCUCAAAAAAGUCAAAAAACAAAAAAUUGGAGAACCCGGCACUGUUAAGAGGAAGAGCAGAGAAGGAUCGACUACCUAUCUUUGGGAAUUUUUGUUGAAACUUCUUCAAGAUAGAGAGUAUUGUCCUAGGUAUAUCAAAUGGACCAAUAGGGAAAAAGGAGUCUUUAAGCUGGUAGAUUCGAAGGCAGUCUCGAGGUUAUGGGGAAUGCACAAAAACAAACCAGAUAUGAACUACGAAACCAUGGGGAGGGCGUUAAGAUACUAUUACCAACGGGGAAUACUAGCUAAGGUUGACGGGCAAAGGUUGGUCUAUCAAUUCGUCGAAGUACCUAAGGAUAUAGUCGAGAUCGACUGUACAGGGGCGGCGUGAAUUGCGCCCCCUUCUAUUAUAAAUUAAACCCUCCAGCUGGCAUGAGAACCGGCUGUGUCUCGAAAGUACAACAAAUCACAAAUUAUUUAUUUAGAAAUUUUGUAUUUCUAGAUUUUGUAAAUAUUUAGCUAUGACUCAAAAAAUAAAUAAAAGACAACAACGAAUUUUUGCAGUUUGUAGCGUUUUAGAAAGAUCUCAUAGUUACAAAAUAAUAGUGAAGUUAGUGAAACGAUUUUAGGGUUCCAAAAUGGCUAGAGCUACGUUUUGUUGCUAUUUAUUGUUAUUUUUGAAAUACCGUUUAUUUUUAACCGUUUUCUUCAUAUUCACUUAUUCUCAAUUUCAUUGUGUAUAUAACGAUUAAAUACUAGGUAGUUUCUAUUUGGUAUUUUUACAAUCCGUUGCUAAAAAUUGUGAUCAUAUCAAAGUUAAAUAUACAGAGAUAAUUGCGAGUAAAACAUAAAUUCAUGAUCAGUUUUGUAAUACAUAGGUAUACUCAACUGCGACUGUUAUCAUUUUAUUUACUUUUACGAUUUAUUAUAUUAAUAAUAAUCGUUGCUAUUUUAAUUUCAGUAUUGCUUAGUAUCAGUGCUAUUUACAAACAGCUAUUUUCCAUUCAUCUCAAUUUUACAGUACAAAGUAUACUCCUUAAGAACAUAUUUAAUUCUCGUUAAUUUAUAAAAGUAGUCACAAAAUAGUGGUAUUUUACUACCCGUGCUAAUUACACUGCCAAUUAAUUGUAAAUGAAAUAUUAUCAAUAGAUAGCCACAAAAUCGCCGAAAAUCAGUUUUCUGAUCAAAAUUUUGGACAUUUUAAAUUGUUUUGCACACUUUUUUAAUAAUAGAAGACCACGAGUCUGUAUCCUUGGGUGACCUGAACGAAGGGAAUGGUUGUGAUUUGAUAAAGGACAUUUUAAGAAGGGUUGAAUAAUCAAUAAGCAGUGCCCGUCGCACUAUUUCAUACAGUUAUACAAUAAAAUUAAAGCAUUUAUUCUCACCUGAACGUUUGGACCAAUCAUUGGACAAGCAUUGGCGAACUGAUGGCUCAGUAUUGUGCUGUUAUUGGUCCAGUAUUGUGCCAGUAAUUCGACAACAGUCCGUAUCCCGUUCUUCCUUGUUUCUUUUGGUUUCAAUACCGAGGACCAAAUGUUCUAAUUUGCAUUUAAAAAUGCUUUUUAAACUAAACAGUUGUACAAAAAAAAAAAUUGUUCGAUGAGAUGAUAAGAAUAUUUUAAGGAGGUUGAUUUGUAAAUAUAAAGUUUAUAAAAACAUAAAAAAAAAUAUUAAUAAAAAAAUGUAUCACUGUUGUUUGUAUAGUAUGGAAUAGUGACAAUUUUUGUUAUAUAGGAGAUUUUUAUAAAAAGUAUAUAACUAAAAUGUUAAGUAAAGAUAUCAAUUAUAAUAUUAAAUAGAAUUAAAGAUAGUUGGAUUUGUGAGAUUUGUGAUAGGAAAAGGUUUUUGGGGGAAGUCUUUUUUUCCAAAUUUUGUUACCUACGAGGGUUGGUCCGUAUAUUUCGAACCCAGACGCCCAAAUUAAAAGUAUUGAGUCAUUUUAUUCAGUAACGAUAAAAAAUGGGAAGAAAAUAUACGGAAUGUCCAUCGUAAUUUUAUUAUAAAGGAAGGUGCUUUAAAAUGGAUUAAGAAAAGACUGCGAGGUGCCUAGAGAUUGACAGAAAAAACAAAUGAAUGUCAAUAGCUCUCUUUGUUUUCAUUUGAUAGAGUGGCAAAUCUUUUUGGCUUCUGAUCUCAGUAUGUACACAAAAAAUGAUUUGUAGAACAAUGUCGAUUUUUGAAUAAAGAAUCUCCAUGUGUAUUAUAUUGUGUUUACCAAAUGUAUGCUGUAGGUAUUGUUUUUUUUCCUUGUUAUAAUAUUAAUCAAAUGUACAACAAUACUUUCAACUUAAAUUUGGUUUAUACUGUAUAAUCGGAGGCUAUAUAGAUAAUUUUAAUGAAAGAAAAAGUCAGAGAACAAAAAAUUGUAAAUAGAAAAUAUUUCGUACUUAUUUUGAAUUAAAUUUUGGGUCAUUUUGAGCUUAAAAGAAAAUUGUAAGUUAAUAUAAGUGUACAUUCUGUAUAGUAUUUAUUUAAUAAUUUCGAAAUAUCACAUUUAAUUUUUUUGUAAAUUUUUUGUAACUUUCUGUGAUUUUUGUAAUUUUAGUUGUUUUUUUUUUUUUCUAAAUUUGUUCUAUAUUGUUAAACGUAUGUACCUAAAUGAUAUGUGUCUUGAAACUCAUUAAACACAGUGCAAAUCAGGACAGAAACUUAAAUAAUUAAUACGUAGAUUUUUAGAUAAAAUAAAAAACCUAACCCAGGAUUUGUCUCAGCGAAAAUUUGUACUAUAAAAUAAGAAUAAUUGUGUAGAAAAACAGUUGUAUGUGUUAACUUGUGUAAAAAAUAUGUGCACAACAUGAUAUACCCUCGGAAAGCUGGCGAAUUGUAUUCAUUACAUUAAUUUUAGGUAAAAUUAUAUAUUAUUAUCCUACAUUUCAGAUCAUUAUUUACAUUCAAAUAUUCAUUUUUGAUUUUUUUUGAAAUACAUCAAAUAUAAAAGUUCAAAAAUAAGAUGAAAAUUUGCCAGAUUGAUGGGGGAUAGAAAAUUUGUUGACUUAUCGUCCAAAUAACAUGUGAUAUGUCUGCAUGAUUGUUAUCUGUCACCAUUAUAGCGAUUAUACACGUUAUCUGUUAAAUGUCUUCAAAUUGUUUUGUACUUUUUUUACCAACCGUCAUCAGUGAUUGUAGUACCUACUAUGCAAAAUCCUGAGGAUUGUAUUUCUGAUUUGCUGGUAUGUACAUCACUAUAUUUGUAUUUAAAUAAGUAAUAUUACAAGAUAAAAGAAAUUAUGUAAUUUUUGGUGAUAUUGCAAUAGAAAUGUUACAGUUUGUAUAUAUAGAUAGUUUUUAUUCUAUAGCAGAAAAAUACCUACCUUUAGCUAAUAAGGAUUUUAUUGAUUUUAAAAUACAAUAUUGUAUAGUUUUUAUUUAGUUUAAGACAAGGUACUUCUUUAUAUAUAGUUUAUUGUAAUAUUUUGUCUUUACAAAAAUAUAAUAUGGUAAAAAAUA